AUGGCUACUAAAAGCUUCCUAGAGCUGACCAACUUUUUCUCGCUUGAAAAGGCCCGGGCGGUGAUUGCAAGUGACAUCAAGCUGGAUGAUGCCCUGUGCUUGUGGUUUUUCCUGAUGCGCAACUUUGCGCGCCCAGCGAGCCACACAGUUCAACUCGAUGUCUAUGUGACUGGCAUUCAAGAUUCCGCAGCUGCGGUGUGCAUGGCCGAGCAUUUAUACACUUCGGCACUGGAAGCUGCAAAAGCCACUGGCAGAAGCCUUUGCCAGCUGAGCUUUCGCGCUUUGGCGUCCAGAAGCCGUGCUCGAGCCGUGCGCCACGAGGAGGACACCUAUGCACCAUACAGGGCUACUGAAAGUGGAUUUCCUCAAGCAGACGAGCGUCGGUUGCAGUUUUGGCAAGACCUGCCGAAAGAGGCUCGCAGUGCGGACCUGGUAGGCGUCAUUGCCCAAUUCCUCAGUCACGAGGUGAUCGCUGGUGGAAUCUCCAUCCGCGAAGAUGUAUUGGAUCUGCUCGUGCCAAGCCAUGGUGGCAUUCUUAUUUUCCAGAGUGGGUUCAAUACUCGCGUUCCAGAUGCCUUGGAGGAGGCACUGUGGCAGAGUCUGUCGCAGAAGGUUCAGCAGGCGGGUGCGAAAAUACUGUUUAUCAGCAACGGCUUCAGCUUCAACAAGGACUCCGGAAAAUCUGGAACUGCACAGCCUGAUGCUGCCUUCAUGAAGAAGCUGAUGGAGCAACAAGGGCAGCUCUGGACGCACUUGAGGGAUGCUGGUCUGAAGGAAUCUACUCGAUUUGCCGUGGACCAAAUGGCCAAAUGGCUUUCUGCCUCUGCUCCAGGCGUGGACUUUGCCCGGCUAGGCGCCAUCGAGGAAAUCAACAAAAGAGCUGGUAUUCCUAAAGGGUCAGAACAAGAGGUCAGCAAGUUUCUGUUUCAGCAUUUCCUUGACACGCAGAAGGAGGCCGAGGGAGAAAAUCCGGUUAUCGCCGUGUGCCGUGACCUUCACACAGUAGUCAAAGAAGCUUGCGGUGAAGGGAUGGCAGUUGCCUGGCCGAAUGAGAUUCCUGCCACAGCAUAUUGUGGGGUCACUGCACCGCACGCAGAAGACUACCUUGGCCGUUCUCUGGCAAAUUUAGAGAAAUUUGGAAGGACAUUCGAGUGUACCGACGGGCAGCAUUUCGUCACGCUGUUGCAGUCCGAGGUGCCACUGCUGAAGCCCUGCCAACUGGUACCUGGAGCGAUGCCCAGGUUCACCGAUGCGGCUGCAGACUGUGCCACGUGGGCAGCCACUGGAGCAGACGUUCCGCAAAGCCUUCUUUGGAUGGCAAACGCAGUUCUUCCCUGGGACUUCUGA